AGGUGUGUCAUACAUACGACGAAAGUACUUUGGGCGCCACAAUAAUCAUGGCGAACAGCGGUCGUCGCGAUAUGAGGGUUCCCAGUCCUAAGAUGAUGCUGCCCCAGUUGCAGGCCUUGGAGGAGGAGGCCGACGAGUCCGCCCUGGACUUCCACGAGACGGUCAACCAGGCGUGGCGGGCACAGUUCAUGCACCCGGCGAUGGCCAGGUUGGGCAUUGGUUUUGAGUUCGUCAGAUCGCCCUGUCGAUAUAUAAACUUAUCGCAGAGCACCCAGGAGGACGAGGCGGAGAAUCGCGAGUUUGGUAAUUCCACUUCCAGCGGCACUCGACUGGUGCGUCUUCUGAAUGCCCCCCAGAUCGAGAUUCAUCCCUACAGUUUUGGGUCGGAUGACGAGAACCAGAUGCAGCAGCUGCCGUAAAUCAAAAUCUUCAAUGUCUU